AGCAAGGAGUAUAAGGACUGUUCUGAUAGAAAUGAUGGCAGCCAGCCUCUUUCCAUCGCACCAUUACGUGAAGGACGCAAUGAACCGAUCAUCUAUUGUGUUAGAAGCUGUUGAUCUGUCGAAGCAUGAGGUUCAAUAUGUGGAUGGUGAUGUGGUCCAGGUGACGAUGGAUGGUUUCCCAAUCGUGGCAAAUGAUGUGCUCAUCGGAUCUGUCCUCGUUCAUCUGGUGGAUGGAGUAGUAUUUCCACCCUAUUUGGGCAAGUUCCUGGCUGAAGCAGAUGGUGAUGAUGUUCCGGAUUACGAGGAGGAUCAGCGGCAUGCAGGUUCUGAAGAUACAAGUGCGGAUGGAAAGAAGAGGGCAGGUAUGGCAGAUAGUCAGGCUGGCAGUACACAUAAGGUGGAUGAGGAAGGUCACAACGGAAGAGGGCGGGACACCCAGGAUGACAAGGGAUAUGAGGAAUCAGAGAACAAGGCUGAUGACAAUGGGGGUGGAGGAUCAGAAAAGCGAGGCCAGCAAGAAGAGGAGGAAAUGGGAGGAGAAGACCAAAACCAGUCUGAAGUGCUAGCAGUGGGUGAAGGGGUGGGCAAGGAACCAAUCAAGGAACAUCAUAGACAAUUGGAUGAGGAGGUGGUGGCAGACAUAGGGCAGGUGGGAGAGGAGGGAGAGGAGGGAGAAGAGGGAGACAUGGGAGAGGAGAGAGAGGAGGGAGAGGAAGUAGAGGAGGGAAAGGAGGGGAGGCAAGAGGGAGAGGAGGGGAGGGKGGGGGGAGAAGAGAGAGAGGAGGAAGAGGGAAGGAGGCAAGAUGGAGAGGAUCUAGAUGAGAGGAGGCGGAAAGAUGAGGAGAGGGAGGAAGAGCAGGAAAGAGAGGAGGGGGAGAAGGGACGGAAAGGAGUCAACAGAAUGGGCCACAAAGAUCUUCAGCAUAUUGCAGAUGAGUACGAUUACGGCUCUGCAAAUGGACAAUAUGAUUUUUCGGACAUGGUGAUUCUCAGUGACUUUGACUUCGAAGAUGGUGAUGGCGAAAGUGAGACGCGCAAUGAGAAAAUGCAGAAUACUACCAUCAGUUAUAGCAACAUGAUGCUUAAGGUGGAUGGCACAGAAGGUGAGGGAAAGAGCAAUAUGUAAAGCAAGCGUGAGAAUGAGACCCUGUGUGGUAUGAACUGAAUCAAUGAAGCAUAUAAUU